CUCCCGGAGUAGUUAGUGCCAGUGAAGUGCGGGCGGCGAUGAGAGCGAAAGUUGCGCUCGGCUUGGCGCUGGGGGCUUGAAGCGGCUCCGCGCUCCGCCCGCCAGGGCCGCCCCAGCCCCAACUCGCGCCCGCGGGCUCCUGCCGCGCCCGCCCGGCCCCGCGCCCGCCCGCACCCCCCUCCCCCCGGCCGGGCGCCCCCUCCUCAGGAGCUGAGGGUCCCCGCCACUUUCGCCCGGCCCCGGCCCCCGCUGAUGCCGGCCAUGGUGGAGAAGGGCCCCGAGGUCUCAGGGAAGCGCAGAGGAAGGAACAACGCGGCCAGCGCGGCCGCCUCGGCUGCCGCCGCUUCGGCCGCCGGCGCCUCGGCCGCCUCGGCCGCCGCCGCCGCCGCCGCCGCCUCCUCGGCCACCGCCUCGGCCGCCGCCGCCUCCGCUUCGGCCGCCGCCGCCCCCAAUAAUGGGCAGAAUAAAAGUUUGGCGGCGGCGGCGCCCAAUGGCAACAGCAGCAGCAACUCCUGGGAGGAAGGCAGCUCGGGCUCGUCCAGCGACGAGGAGCACGGUGGCGGCGGCAUGCGGGUCGGACCCCAGUACCAGGCGGUGGUGCCCGACUUCGACCCCGCCAAACUAGCAAGACGCAGUCAAGAACGAGACAAUCUUGGCAUGUUGGUCUGGUCGCCUAAUCAGAAUCUAUCAGAAGCAAAAUUGGAUGAGUACAUUGCCAUCGCUAAGGAGAAGCAUGGGUACAACAUGGAACAGGCUCUUGGGAUGCUCUUUUGGCAUAAGCAUAAUAUUGAAAAAUCAUUGGCUGAUUUGCCCAACUUCACCCCCUUCCCAGAUGAGUGGACUGUGGAAGAUAAAGUCUUGUUUGAGCAGGCCUUCAGUUUUCACGGGAAGACGUUCCAUCGGAUCCAGCAAAUGCUUCCUGAUAAGUCUAUAGCAAGUCUGGUGAAAUUUUACUACUCCUGGAAGAAGACGAGGACUAAAACCAGCGUGAUGGAUCGCCACGCUCGCAAGCAGAAACGAGAGCGGGAGGAAAGUGAGGAUGAGCUAGAAGACCCAAACGGAAAUAACCCAGUUGACGCUGAGAUUGAUCAAAACAAGGAAAGCAAGAAGGAGGUUCCCCCUACUGAGACAAUUCCUCAGAUCAAAAAAGAAAAACACAGUACACAAGCUAAGAACAGAGCAAAAAGGAAACCUCCGAAAGGAAUGUUUCUCUCUCAAGAAGACGUCGAGGCCGUUUCCGCCAAUGCCACUGCUGCUACCACGGUGCUGAGACAGCUGGACAUGGAGCUGGUUUCGAUCAAACGUCAGAUUCAGAAUAUUAAACAGACAAACAGUGCUCUCAAAGAAAAACUUGAUGGCGGAAUAGAACCGUAUCGGCUUCCAGAGGUCAUUCAGAAGUGUAACGCACGCUGGACCACAGAGGAGCAGCUUCUCGCCGUGCAAGCCAUCAGGAAAUAUGGCCGAGACUUCCAGGCCAUCUCAGACGUGAUCGGGAACAAAUCAGUGGUACAAGUGAAAAACUUUUUUGUGAAUUAUCGACGCCGCUUCAACAUAGAUGAAGUUUUACAAGAAUGGGAGGCAGAACAUGGGAAGGAGGAAACCAAUGGUCCCAGCAACCAGAGGCCUGUCACGUCCCCCGAGAACCCUCUCAAGAUGCCCGACGAGGAGGACGAGGCUGCUUCUGUUCUUGACGUCAGAUUCGCAUCUGCCUCAUGAGCAGCUCUGAGGCCUUGAGCACUCGGUGUGGACGACUGUGUUUCCCAGGAUUCAGGUGUACCAGGCAUCACCUAGCCAUCCGCAUCACAUCUCUGUGGACAAGCAGCUAUUACCAAAAAAGGCAUACACUUCCAGUCCUGUGCUGCAUCUGCCUUAAUUCCUCGCUCGUUCCUCUGUGCUGGCGCCACUCCCCGGAGAGCUCCGUGGCGUCUCUCCCUCCGCCUCCGUGCUGGGCCAGCCCCGUGGCCCGCGCGCCUCCUGCGGCUCGGGGCUGCCUAAGCCCGGGCCCCGGGCCCGCCGACGGCAGCUCUUCCCGUCAGCAGCUUCAGAACAGGUAGCCGGCUCGGAAGGGGCGACUCUGUUCCUGCAUGGCCUGCAAUCUCUACCUUGUGCAUCAUGUAAUUUUCAGAGUACCGGGGACCCUGUUGGCCUUCUAGGAAGCUUCCUUUGUCCUUCUCUGAGGCACCCACCUAAGUGACAUCAUGCUCUGUGGAAAUCACAGUACACUGCAGCUGCAUCAUCACCCGUCUCCCUGGACGCAGGUGUAGUGAUGGUUCGCAAGUCGAGGCAGCGUCAGUCUCCCCCGUCCCUUCUCCCUUUCCGCCAGGCCCGAGGCUCACUCACAGCAGCUGCCCUUGGACCCUGUAGCUAAGGGAACGGGGCCCUCCACACUUUCUGCCUUCAGCUUUCAGCGCUGGAAUCCCAGGACGGGCGCCGCCCUGUCUUUCCUGACCGCCCCCCCCUCCCGCCCGCCCCCCCAGCUCCAAGAGAUUUGGUCCACACCACUGUACCUGGUGCUUGUACAUUUGGAAUUGGUGCCUUCUCCUUUUGGCAACCACGUUAUCAACCCUUUUUCUGUUUUAGUGUCUUAUUUCUUCUUUGAAGUUUAUUGCUUGCCAAAGAUGACAUCACUGAGGUUAGGAGACAGGGGAGGACGCGCUGCAGAUUCUUGACGGAGUGCAGAUUGUAAACGUCAGGGCAGGGCAAUAACAAAGGCCUUAGAAUAGCUGGCGAUGGUUUUGUAAGAGCUACGUGGUGUUUGUUCCCUGACCUCUUGGUGUGCCUGUCACUCCACGUAGCCUCUGUGUCCUUGGUGUGCAUGAGACACGCCAGCACCAUCCUCUCAGUGUGACUCACUGUGCAGGACAGGAGGUGACGGUUACUGGUUCUCGUGAGACCAAGAUGGAAAGAAAAGUCUACAAAAGCGGUGUGUGAUACCUUUUGGUUGGACUGGGAACAAGUACAGAUGUUUAAUCAUUGUUUUAAAACUUCCAGAAUCACUUUUGUUCUCUUGCCAGACCGUGGGCCUGCUGAGGGGUCGAGGGCAGACUGUUGCACCGCGUUCUAGCAUCCCCUGUUUCCCAGCCCCACGGUCUGUUCAGCCUGCACUAAAUAUGUUGAAGGAGCUUGUUUUUGUUACUGGUUUUUGCAUCAUUUCGAUAUUUUUUCUUGCUUUCAAUACCAAAAAGGAAAAAAAAAUGCAGAUGCUUUAAGGCAUAAACAAAAUUGUUAAAAUUUUGAAAUAUGCAAUUAAAAUUUGAUGUUAUGGCUCCCAAGCACCUUGGCUUUUUUUUCUUUUUUCUUUUUAAGUCAGCUGACUUCCUCUUUAGGAGGAGGCUCAGCGAGAAACCUGGAUUGUUUUGUGAAACCGGGAGAAAGGUCAUUCAAAAGGGGAGUAAAACGGGACCUGUCCCUUCGCCAGGUGCCCCCGUCGGUGCAGGAAGAGCUCAGCGGAGAGGAGGGCAGUCCCAGCUGACCGCUGCUGCCCGACAGGCGCUGCACGGUAACACUAGCCACACGCGGGCUCCGCUGUGGUUUGUAUCACGAGCCUGCUGCGUAACUGGAACUCGGCAGGAAGAGCACGGGGAGGAGGCGACGUAUGCUUUGCACGUCGCUUCAAGGGGCACCAAGCCUGAUGGAAGCUUUAGCUUCUCCCUGCUUCUUCUCACCACCUCCUGCCUCUUAGCAGAAGCGGUAGGCAGUUUGCAGCGGGGGCUUCUCUCGCGCCUGUGGCGCCGUUCCUCUCUUCCCCCCAGACUCUUUUCCUUAAGAAUGGAUCCUGGUGGGCAGCGCUUUGAAGGCUCGAUGCUGGAUCCUGUGUGGCACGGCCAGCACAUGGGCAGCGCCAGGCCUCCGGCUCUGCUGGGCACCCCCCUUACCUGGUUCCUGGCCCCAGCGGUCUCCAGCAGAGUCCCUGUGCUGGUGUCCUGGCGAUGAGUGAGAGCGGCGGAAAGUUUGGCUUUCUGUCCAAGGCGAAGGGCCGUGUCAUUUUCAUUUGCCCGCAGGAAGAAUGAUAGUUGUCUCUGCCGGACUGCCUUCGUUGUCGCUUCGCGCACGAGACAGCACUGUGUUUUCAGCUGGUUGGUCGCUGUCUUUGCAGUGAUGUUCUAAGUGCAAGAAGUCACUUCGCUUUAGAGGCCGAGUGACCUGGUCUCAUUCAUGGGAAGACCCGUUAGCAGAGCAAGGCCUCAGAGCAUCGGCACGUUCUGCUUGGAUGCGUGAGGGUCCUUAGGGACAGCGCUGCGGUGCAGCGUUCACUUAAGCUUUGUCUUCUUAAAAGUGGUCAAUGUGAAUGUCAUAACUAUAUAUAUAUUUUUUUUGUGGAAAUUUUCUCCUAAGUAUAAGUUAUUGUACAAAAUAUAGUACCAUUGAAACAAAUGAUAGUUUAACUUUUAGUUUAGAAAUCCUAAAAGAUAUAAAUUGUAUUGCAUAUGCAUUAAAAGUUUGUUUUAUUUAAUUUUAUGUAGAUGUGUAAAGUGUUAGGUAAAAUUUUUUUCGCUUACUCAUUUACACACCUCGUUACUUGAAUCUCGUGGGGACAAGCCUGCAGCAGCGACGGGGACUGUAACACAGCCCUUUAACCGCGAGGCCCCGGGCCUCCGCUGGGCUGGCGCACAGGCGGUGCCCGUGCCGGUGCCAGUGGGCGCCGGAGGCUGGUGCGACGCCCACCCCACCCCCACCCGGACGCCGGCUCCUCAAGCCGGCUUCUGAUAGCUUUUAACCUAUCAGAUCCUUCCUUUGGUCGUCACAAACCUCUGAUCAGAACAUGGAAAAGAAGAAAUCGUUGCGUUUUCAAAGCUCACGUGGUAGGCUGACUAAGCAGUUGUCGCGUGCAUCUAAGGUUUGCUCGUUCUCACGCACCCCUCUGAGUGCUCCUCGUCACUUUAAAUUGCAGCUACGCCCUAUUUUUGUCUUUCUGAACAUCAGAUGUACUAUUGGUAUAAUUGCCUACCAAAAAUAAGCCAAAUAGUGCAUUACACUAGCUGGAUCCCUGCUUCCGUGACAAAGGGCAGAUGGCAGCACCUCGAGCGAGAGCCUCGUUUCUCUUGUCCAGCCUGUGUCUGAUCGAGUGACCCAGGACUCAGGCUCUCAAUAUCAAGGGAGACUCUGCCUCGUGCUGACUCACGGUAGUUAGCUAAUGGGAAUCUGGUGACCGCGUGCAGUGCUCGGAAACAAACCCCCUUGCUGCCACUCCCAGCGUUUCCUAGUUCUGGCAAAGCACAAUUGCAGUGAGGUCGCAGUUGGGAAGACGGAGGGGCGGGACAGUCUAUGCAUGUUGUAUGAUAAUGAGUGCUCACGGCCGCCUUCUCCGAAAACUAAACCUAAACCCGAUACCGCAGCGGCUCGCAUUCCAUUGUGUAGACUUAUCAACUUUGCUAAGUGCUUUUUAGAUUGCUUAAAAAUUUUUCAAGAUUUUAAAAGAUGUAUAAGGUUAAGUUUGCAAAUAUAAUGGAAAUGCUGUAUAUCUUUUGAAGUGAUAAAAAUCCAUGUUGGAAUUUUAAAGAAACUAUGUUGUAAUAAUGCUGUUGUAAGUAAUAUUUUAAUGUCUCUUUUUGCCUGUUUUCUAUUUCAGCACAUUCAUUGUGGUGAAUGUCCAUAGCAUUAUAAUUGCUUAGCCAUCGAAUGAUAACAUUUGUUAGUAGAGAUUUAAAAAUUUAUUUGUGAAAUUCUGCAGAAUUCAUUUUUCUAUUCCCAAUAUUUGCUGAAGUUAAAUAAAAAUUUUCAAGCCAUUGAUGUAAUAAAAUAUGAAACGGAAAGAAUGCCCUGACCCUCCGCUCUCCCUCAAAGCAGCACCCUCCCUGCCUCCCUGGUCCCAGGCGGGUUUCCCUGCCUUGGGCAGUGGCCCUGAGAUUGCUGAGAGGGACCGUCCCCCAGCGCUGCGCACCCUGUCUUUAGCCUCUAGCUCUACCCGCACUAUGUUUUUAUUUAUAACCUAUAAUCGUAUGGUUGGGAGCCGAUUGAGGAACAUGAGUUUGUAGAGUUUGCAGGAGUUGAGUGCUUAUAGGUCAAAGAGAGGAAUUUUUUCCCAUCAGUGGUUUUGCUCCUUUCGGCCUGAGCGGGCUUUGGCGUGAGGAUGCUGGCCCUGCCCAGCCCCUGCGCUGUGGCAGCAGAGAGGCACGGCUGGGACACUACUGCUGUUAAACACCGGACUUCCAGGGGCCUCCCUGGUCUGGCAGCGGGCUAAGGCCCUGGCGUUGUCACUGCUGUAGUGCGGAUUUGAUCCCUGGCUGGGGAACUUCUGUGUGUUGAGGGCAUGGCAAAAAAAAAAAAAAAAAAAAAAAGCCAAGAAAAAACCCCACCCCAGGUACCUGACUUCCACAUCCAGCGUUGCCUCCCGCAGCAGUGAAAAUGAACGCUGUGCGGCGGUGACUCUGCCUGGUGUGGGAGGCGUUCCCAUGGUGCUUCUCUGAGUUCCUCGCCUGGUAGCCUCGGUCACAGCGCCAAGUGUCACGGCAGAGCAUGCCCGGUGCUGCCCAGAGACGGCACCGAAGAGGAGGAGGAGACCUGAGGGAGGCCCCAGUGUGACUCCGGCUUCAGAGCGCGGGGAGCGCGUGCCAGGCCCGAGCCCGGGCUUUCCGCCCGGAGAUGGAGCCGGCGAGCCCGAGGGGGUGCGGGCAGGAGCGCAGGGCCUCAGGGCUCUGGAGGCGGCCUCCCGGGGCGAGGGUGGGCUCCAGAAGGGGCCCUUUGGGCUUUGCCUGCCUCUCGCGCUCUCGCCCUCCCUUCACCACACCCAUGGGCCUAAUAAGGAAGUUCCCAGGCUGGGGAUCGGGUCCCAGCCGCAGCCGCAGCUGCAGCAACGCCGGAUCCUUAGCCCAGGGCUCUGGGCCGGGGUGGAGGCUGUGUGGGCUCGGCCUUGUCUGACUUGGAAGAACAGCCAAGGCAAAAACGGGGUUCGGAGGGAGCUGGGGGAAAGACUUCCAGGAUCGGCGCAGACGGCCGCGGGCGUCCAGGCAGGUGAGGGCAGGUGAGGGCCCAGGCCCGGGCCCCCCUCUCCUGGAGGGGAGGACCCUGCACACAGGGGCGCCUUGCGGCCCGCUGCCUGCCGGGCGGGUGGACAGGCCCCGCCCCCUGCUCCCGAGGUGGGGUCCCCAGCCCCCCGGUUCCCUGCUGGCAGAGGCUCGCGCUUGCUUCCGCGUGCCCGGGGAACCAGGACCGUGCUCGGUGCCGACGCGGGAAGUCAGGCGAACAAGGUCUCUCCUCCCGGCGGACGUAGAGCCAGGCUCCUUCGUCUCUGCGGCCGCUUCGAGCCUGGGCCUCAGUGGGGCCUGGACAGGCGCACGGAGGGUCCCCACUUACUCUCUGGUCCUGGGCCGCGUGGAGCCCGUCUCCCGGGACGGCCUGCCGAGGACACGUGGCCCUGUUGCGGCCUUAAGCCGACCACCAGCCUUACCCUCCUUCUGCUCGCCCUUCCUGGACCAGGUAACCCCCGAACCGGGGCUCCGGUCACCUGUGGGCCCCCGGCACGCCCCGGAGCUGAGCUCUGCGCCACCCCUGCGCCCAUCGGAACCGCGGAACAGCGUGUCCGAGACGCGGGUGUCUGCCCAUCCCUUCUCCUCCUUGGUGGACGGCGCUGCUGUCUCUGCUCCUCAGAUGAGAAGCACGGCUGUUCUGAAGUUCCCCAAGUUUCUUCCUCUGUCGCCACUGCCAGUGAGGGUGCAGGGCCUCCCAGUCACCUGAGCUAGUGCUCCAGCUUUCCCAUUCUCAGGGCCCUUGCCUGCAGAGAAUGCUCCAUUUACCUUCUAGAAAAACAGAGCCUUGCAUCUUGUCUUAAGCCUCCUGGCAUUGCUGUGGGCUUUGCUCUGCCGCAGGGCAGGGAUGGCUGUUCUGCACGUGCUCAUCACACCUCGCUUUGCGCUUGACACGCCCUCAUCUUAUCCUGGUCUUUCCACAUUGGCACAUGGCUGUAAAGUUGCCUCGCUCCAGAGCUCCCAGCUGGCCCCGCUUAGGGACUCAGCGUUGUCACAGCCGCGACUUGGGCCACGUGGGUUCAAGCCCUGUCCGGGGAACUUCUGCAGACAGCAGGCGGGGCCAAAAAAAGUUGCUUCACUGCUCUGUGCUGGUUUCAUGAUGUCCUGGUUAUGGUACUCUGGUUAUGACUCCAAGUUUAUUGAGCUGAUGGUCACUGAAGUGUCAUCUGUAUUAACGGCAGACUGGAACUAACCUAUGUCCUUUUACCUACCUGCAAGGGUAGUGGUAGAAUGAGCACCUAGGAUUGCGAUUUGCAUGGGUUCAUACUGCCAUCCAUCCUCCAGAGAGGCUGUGCCAGUUCCUCCUCCGUCAGCUGUGAGGGAGGUGGCGUGUUGCCCUCUGCCCUUCCAGCCCUGUGGUAAGUUAGGUGUUGGAUGAGCGUCUCAUGGGCUCAGGACUGUCCCAGGCAUCUGGUCGCCACGGCUGGUGGAAAUGGCACCCAGAUGCUUGUUACAGACGUCGUGGGGACGCCAGGUGCCCUGAGGAGAAAAGGCAAAAGCCCGCUGCCCUUGCUGUUGAGGGAGGAGCCCUGUAUGGCUCAUGAUCGACUCCCAGGGUACGGGACUGCAGCUGCCAGUCCUGAGCAUCCAGAGGCGGGCGAACUGAAAUUGGCAGUUUUCUGGGCUCUUUGCUUGUUUCUUGAGUCUUCUGCUAUUUAUUUAUUUACUUAUUGCCACAGCCUCGAGGGGAAGAAUGAAUUCAGCCAGAGGCCUGUGGUUGUACGUUUGAAGCGGGGUUGCAGCGUGAUUGGUGGACUCUGGUUUUCAGCUGCUCCGUUCCCAUCCGGUGCUCGCUGCCCUCGCCCCUUCCCGGGGCGCUGCCCGGCUAAGAUGCACGCUGGCUGGCAGGGUUCCGGCCUGGCUAAGCCGCGCAGACACCAUCUAGUGUUUCAGAUCGCAGGGAGACGUGGGGAGGGUCGUCUUGCCUGGGGCAUCCUGGCGGAAGGUGUCCCCGAGGAGGUGGCAGCUGGAGAAGGAGUGACAGCCAGCCCUGAGGUUUACGUGGGACGAGCCAGCCCCCUUCUCUAAGUUGGGGCUCCAUUUCUCACCAUCCACUGGAGGGUGUCAGAGGUUCAUAUGGUUCCCCGGUGACCCUAACACCAACCCGGCUUCCUGCCCUUGGCCGAUGCCGCUCGGACGUUCCUUGCUGCCGCGUUCCCAGCAGCGCCGCGCAGCGGCUGCUCCACAGGCUCCUUUCCAGGCCGCCCUUGGCUGUCGGGGGAGGGUGUGCAGGCGCAGUAGUCCCACGUGAACUUCCGGCGGUCGUGUUCCUUAGGGACCCCCUGGCCUCAGGUCUGGGCCGGCCCCGGUGCCCCGGAUGUCUUGCCAGCUUUCGGCCCGAGGGGAAGCUCUGCUGCAAAGACUCUGUCAGUUACUUUGUGUACGGUGGCUCCUGGCACUUAAUUGACUGAAAAGAGAUUCAGCAACAAUUAAGUUUUACGCUGUGGAUAAUCAUAUGGAGCAUGUUGUUUGUGGCUUUUAGUAAUAGUCACUUACCCUACUGAAGACCGCCUCGCCCCCGGAGGACCAAGCACGCACAGCUGCACGUCCUGCUCGUAGUAGCCUGUGAGAACGCGGUGGCGCCCGGUUGUGUAGACGAGGAAACCAAGAUGAAGAGGAGCACCCCUCGCCCGAGAUGGACGGGAGAAGAUGCCUGAGUUGGGGCUGGACGUCCCGGAGGCCCGACUCGGCCCUGCGGCCUCUCCUCUUAGGCCUGGGAUGCAGACCUGACUCUCGCUCGGUGGAGGGAUCUGGGGGGAUCUUGCUCGUUCCCUUAGCCCCCCAGGCCUGUUUCCCCUUCUGUGCGGCGAGGACAGUGGCCACGUAGCAUAACCGAGGUAGUGCCUGGAUGCCCCUCGGUCCAGCCCAGGGGCCUUGCGCAGAAGGGGCGCUGCGUAAGCGGCUCAUCUCAUCCUUCUCCAAGGACCAGGCUGGGGAUGUGCUUGUGGCUGGCAUCUCCCGGGUCAGGGGAAGAGCCAAGCCUUCCACAGCUCCUGGGCCUUCGGACAGAACCUUCACCUCUCUUGGGAGAGCCCCACCUCUUGUGUCACCUCCGGACCAGUGACACUCGAGUGGCCUUGGUGUCAAACUCUAUCAAGAAGGAACUUCAUGCGUGUGUGUUGUUUAUAACGUACGUGUGGCCAGUAACUUGCAGUUCGUAUGUUCAAAACUAGAGAGACCCAAGAAGCAGUUUUCUUGCCGUCGCCACCCCUCUGGACAGCGGACUCCCGCGGUCCCUUGCCAGCGCUGCGCUGAGGCUUGGGAGUAGCCCGUGCUGUUGAACAGGUGGCCCCACUUACCCGAGGAGAUGGAGGCCGGAGCACUGAGGUGACUUGCUUCGCUUAAGGUCACUCUGCUGGCUGCCUUGGGGCAGCCUCUCUCUCUGGUCCUCCUGCCCAGGCUGUGGCUAGGCAGAUGGCCAGCGUGGGGAGGAUGAGGUGGGGCCUCUCGGGUUGGCGACAGCCCGUGGCUGGGUGCAGCCUAAGCCUCCCCACGGCCAGUGGUGGCGGCGAGCACGGCCCCAUUUCCUGCCUUGGAUCCAGGCCCAGGGCCAGUGCGGUGGGUGGUCUCUCUUCCUGCAAGGGCACUUGGUCUCCAGGGCCUGCUCGGUGCCUCGUACAGGGCUUGACUUCCUCACCAAGAGUUCCAGGAGCUGUGGGCCAGCUGCCCUGCUGGUAGCAGAGCACCAGCCCCACCCCUGCUGGCCCCCGGGGCCGACUCGGCCUGGUCAUCCCGCCACCGGCUCCCCCACCUCUCCACCCAUGGUGCAGGGCUCUCCGGAGUGGACAUUUGCCCUCCUUGUCCCUUUCCAGGCCUGUCUCAAGAUGCUGUCCAGCCAUCAAGGUCAGUCCCACGGGUCCCUGGCUCCUCGACAGCCCCAGGACACUGGCCCGGUACCUACCGGGGGGCCCAGUGCUUCCCACCCAUCAGCACAGUGAGGCCCCCACCAGCCCUCCAGGCCUUCGGAGCAGGGUUAGGACAGAACCGUGCCCUCACCUGCUCCCGAUUGCAGAGGUGGCCUGAUGACCUCUUCUCUCUGACAGCCCUGGUGGGAAAGACUGUUAGCGGAGCGGCCUCAGGGAGCCCUUGCCUUGCGCCGCCUCUGGGCUUUGCUUAGGGGUGUCUUUGCUGCCUGGAACCUUAGCAAGCGUGACACGAGCAUCAGGGCUUGCUUGCUGAAAACUCUGCCACCCUGUAAAGAAGUUUGGGACAACCUUCUGGACACAGGUGGCCCAAGUGACAGCACAAACCACCAGGCCUGCGGGAGCGAGUGUUGAGCCCAGGUGGGGUAACCAGGCGAGCAGCCCAGAGAGAGCAGUCUGCGUGCAGAGCAGCGGCAUCACGAGCAGGAAAAUGACGGCCGUGCCCCUGCACUGAGUUUGGGAGUGCGUUUCCACACAGUACCCGGGAGCAGGUGCCUGGGAAGAGGCUGAGCCCUGGGACUCUGGGGCCCGGGGCCUGCCUGUAUCCAUGGCAGUGUCCCUUCUUGGAGGAAGCUGCAGACUGGAGGAGAGGAGAGCAUGAGCGCCUGGCAGCGUCGAGUCCCGGUGGAACCCUCAAGGCAGAGAAACACCUGCAGCACCGUGGACCUGUUCCCUGGCGACAGGCCCAGGACUGCAGCACAGGAAGGACUGGGUGUGUGGUUGGGGGCAGGGGGCUGCUGGGCCUCUCUUGACAGCCGCUCUGAGCGGCCUCCCAAGCUAACAAGCCUGGGGCUUGUUGGUUGGCUGCUGCUUUUAUAAAGGAGACUCAGAGUUGAAA